GAUCGCUCGAAAGAGAUUCUGUUACAGUUUUUACAUCAUCCGUGUAUCUGUCAUCACAAAGUGUACGAACGAAAAAAAUGGCGCGCAAAUUCUUCGUCGGCGGUAAUUGGAAGAUGAACGGUACAAAGAGCGAAAUCAACGACAUCGUCGCCUUCCUGAAGAAAGGUCCGCUCGAUCCGAAUGUCGAAGUCGUAGUGGGAGUACCUUCAAUAUAUCUCACGUAUGUGAGCUCCAUCGUUCCUAAAAAUAUUAGUGUUAGUGCACAAAAUACAUAUAAAGUAUCCAAAGGAGCAUUUACUGGUGAGAUUAGUCCAGCUAUGCUUCUGGACAAUGGUAUUCCCUGGGUAAUUCUUGGCCACUCGGAGCGUAGAAAUGUAUUUGGUGAAACGGACGAAUUAAUUGCGGAUAAAGUUGCGCAUGCUUUGGAAGCAGGAUUGAAAGUAAUUGCAUGUAUAGGUGAAAAAUUGGAAGAGCGCGAGGCGGGAAAGACAGAAGAAGUAAUUUAUAAGCAAACUAAGGCAAUAGCUGACAAAAUUAAGUCUUGGGACAAUGUAGUCUUGGCUUACGAACCUGUAUGGGCGAUCGGUACGGGUAAAACCGCAACACCACAGCAAGCGCAAGAGGUUCACGAAAAAUUACGAGAGUGGUUGUCCAAGAAUGUCAAUCCCGCUGUCUCGCAAAGCCUGCGGAUUAUCUAUGGUGGUUCUGUAACAGCAGCUAACGCCAAAGAUCUGGCAAAGGAGAAGGAUAUUGAUGGAUUUUUGGUCGGUGGCGCUUCAUUAAAAUCAGACUUUGUACAAAUUGUUAACGCUCGUUCUUGAAUGGUCUACGAGACAUCGUUUUAACAAGAUUAUAUCAGAUGAGACUUUAUUUCUAUUAGGAAUAAGUAAAAAGUUACAUAUUGUUAUAGACCAUUGUUCAAAUGUAUAAAGUCUGUUCUGAAAAACUAUUGCUGUAAGAGUCAUAUCCAUAUUUAUUAUAUAUUUUCAAUCUCUAAUCUGUUUGCGAUGUAGCUGCACAAUAUUAUGAAAGAUUACAUUACAUCGUUGUUGAUUAUCAUUGUACACAUGAUUCUUAAAUGUAUUUAUAGUACUACAAGUACUAUAAAUAUAUUAACUCAAAUUUAUAUCUGCAGUACCAUCGAUACACUUAAUGAAAUAAAAUUCGGAGACAUUGUAAAAGCUUAUUAAUAAAUGUUAGAAACAAAGAA